AUGUCCAGGUUCAUUCCAGAAGGUAAAAGUGAUUUAAAAUCUCUUCAAAAAUCAGAAAAUGAAGCUGCUAAUAAAUUUGCAACAGAGAAAGAAGCAGAAGAAACACCUUCCUUAUAUGAUCAGAUGAAAGCUAAUUAUAUAGCGAAAGAAAAGGCAUAUGAGGAUAAAGUGAAGGCGAAAAACCAAUCUCAUAAGAUUGAUGCAAGAGAAUUGGAAUUUUAUAAUCAAUUACAACGUGAAAAAGAAGCUAAAGAAAUGGAACGUAAACGUCAAUUGGAUGAAGAAUUAGAAGAAUUUACAAAGUAA